GCAUAAGCCAACAAUAGGGGGCGCCAGGAUAGAUCCUUAGUCUAAAAAUAGAAAAUAAGAAAAAAUGACAUUAAAGAUAUUUCCUUCUGCAAGUUAAUUCUCCUUCAUUCUUCAUUCCAAGUAUACACCGGUAAAGGAAUUUCUUGGCGAUACAACAAAACAAUAUCUUCAUUUAUGUGAGUUAUUAUAUACCAGCAGUCAAGAAAGAAAUCAAAUAAGAAAUGCAGCGGAGAUUAACACCAAAUUACCUAUUAUUGAUAGUUGUUGUUUUGUGCAAUGUGAUAUUUGGAAAUGCACUGUUUGGUAACAAAGAACGUGUCCGUUUACAGGAUGUAAGUGUGCUAACUCUAAAGGAUGGAUAUAUGACCACAGGUCGUAGGUCAAGUCCAGUGAAACAGCUGCAAUGCAUAGGUGGUACAGCUGGUUGCUCAGCAUUUAGACCUCAAGUUGUACAGUGCUACAACCGUGGAUCUGAUGGCUAUGAUGUCCAGUGGGAGUGCAAGUCUGACAUGGACAAUGCUUACCGGUUUGGCAAGAUCGAGGUGAUAUGUGAAGGGUAUGACCACCCUGAUGAUGAAUACAUACUGCGGGGCUCAUGUGGGUUGGAGUAUACUAUUGAUCUUACAAAAGAAGGCCAUCAGAAGCAAAACCAUCAACACAAUUACUAUGGUGGCGGUAACAGCUACGGCGGAGGCCAUAAAUAUAAAAGCCAGAGUUCAUUUGGUGACUGGAUUACUUUAGCGAUAGUUGCACUGAUCAUUUAUGCAGUGUACAAAACCUGUAUCGAGACCCCUGUGGCAACAGGGCAGGCAGAUGAUGGUUAUGGUGGUGGACAAGGCUAUUGGGGAGGUGGGGGAGGAGGAGGGUUCGGUGGAGGUAAUCCCCCUCCUCCUGGUUUCCGUCCUGAGUAUCAGUCUGGUAGCUGUGGUACCGGUGCCGGUACACAAUAUCGACACCAAGGUGGUAAUGCUGGUGGAGGUGGGUUCUGGACUGGAGCAGCUACAGGUGGUUUGCUAGGGUACAUGUUUGGAAACAGAGGAAAUCGUGGUUAUGGAUAUGGGGGAUACGGAGGAUAUGGUGGUUACGCUCGUCCAAGAACCGGCUUUGGUUAUGCAUCAAGGCCAAGUUAUGGUGGUGGGUUUGGAAGUUUUGGUGGAGGAAGCUCAGGAGGCAGUACAGGGACUCGAACAGCUUCAGGCUUUGGUGGUACCAGAAGACGGUGAAUACACAAGUGUCCUUCAGAAGCCCUCUAGGGUUGUAUGCAACAGGGGCCAUAUGCAUGAUUUUUCACACGUUUUAAUAAUUUUGAUAUAGUAAGCCACAAGUCAGGGCACUUCAGUUCUUGGGAAAGAUGAACCCAGGAGUAUAAAUGGGUACAUAUGCUGGGAAUGUAAACAGACUCGUUGUAAGGAGUGGCAAUCUCCUUACACCAUUGCACAGUCUGAAGAAAGGGAGAUGGACACUAUAGCCUGUACAAGUUCGACUAUUUUUACCUCAUGGUGAAUUUGAGGCUAUGCUACUAUGUCUGAAUAAAAUAGAUGGACAAGUGAAUGAAAAGGCAAGUUUUUUGGAUGUAC